AUGCAGGGUGGCGGACACCACCCACCACAGCUCCAUGACAUCGCCCGCGCGACACAUCUUCUUUCUCCCACGUCUGGCCGAGCUCACGAGCUGCGGAACAGGGCGAGAAGGGGAAUCAUGGCUGAGUGGGACUUCGACGACCUGGACAAUGCCGAGCUCGAUGGAUACACUCAGGAGGAGCUGGACAUUUACAGAGAAAUGGCUGUUGAGCACGGCGGCGAGGAUACCUUUCCAAAUGGAACAAGAAGUGGAGAUCACAGCAUGUGUUGGCCGCGUCCAUCCUUCUGCUUGACUUUUGGCAGCAAGCGUGAGACGAGGCACACCAGCCGCUGUCAUGUUCACAUGCGCAACAGCUCAGGACUCACAUUUCAUAGAACAAACCACCCCUUUCUCCCCUCUUCACUUCACAGCCGCGAGCCCGCCGCUGCCGUUGACCAACUUUUCGGCUACGACUUAGGAAAUCCAUUCUUCGAGUCCGUCGGCAACACCCCAGCCAGCAACAACCAUAGCGACAGCCAAGAAUUUGUCACUCUUGAGGAUUCGGAGACAGACAGCAGUAUGCCUACAGCCACACGACGUCGCACGAACGGUCGCCGCUCGACUGCCGUGGAUCUCACCAGCGCUGCCAGCUCCCCGAACGCCUCAGCCUCGCGGCCCUCGCGAAGCACACGCAAGAGGUCUGCGGAUGACACAAAUGCAGGAGAAGGACGUGCUCCAAAGCGGAAGAGACCAAUCGCCGAGAAUAUCGAGGAAGUAGACCUCACGAAUGAGGCACCAUCAGCAGAAGAUGAAUUGCUUCAAGCACAGCAGCAGGAGACGAUCAAGGCACAGCAGGCUGCUGAGGAGAGUUCAGGUGCGCAGCGAAUUGGCAAGAGACAGUGCAUUAUCUGCAUGGAGAACUACACGAACUGCACAGCUACCGCGUGCGGCCACUUCUACUGCCACGAGUGCCUGGUGAGGGCUCUGAUGGCCGGUGCUAAGAGCAGUGACCGCGCCACGGGUACCUGUCCAGUCUGUCGCAAGCCUCUCUCGCAUACAAACAAGAAGAAAACCGAUGUCAUUCCCAUGUCAUUCAUGACCAAGGCCGAGUUCGACAGACAGAGACGCGUACAUGGAGAUGAGCGGUCUACGCCGAUGAGACGGCAGCAGGUCCUCGAAACGUACAGUACGCAUCGGUGGAUGCAUCAGCAGGCCAAGCAUAUUGACAGGUGCUUGAUUUUCUCGAGCAAGCAUGAUUACGAUACCCACCCAGCAUGGCUGUUAGAGCUUGUGUAUGAGCUUUUCUUGACUUCAGCACAAUCGAGCGGUUGCAACUUGCAGCACACUACAUGCAUUCCGGCAGCACGAAUCGCUGCUGGCCCCACUUCAGCGAGACUUCCUCGUUGUUUUCCAUCUGACUACGCGUCCACACCACGAGGCUUUGAGUGCUCUAUCACCGACCCGACACAUGCUUGGGUAGGUGGGGUGGGCUAUGGUCUCGAUAAGUACCUCUUCUUCCUUCCGCUGAUCCAUCUGCAUUUCUUGCAAGUCUUCAUGCUACCGCGCGCUGAGCUUCAAAUCAAUUGGCUCGCCUCCCCUCUUUCGUCUACCAACGGCCACAGAACGUCAUAUUCCCGAGUAUCUAUAUAUCAGCAACUCCAGGGGUGGCACGGACGUGGCACGGGCCACCCUACCAAGCCCCGCUAA